AUGGCCAAUACUCAAAUAUUAAAUCACAUUGAGUACAGGAUUGUGAACGGGGUUCGGGUACCUGUAACAGGUCCUGCUGCAGGUCCUGGUGCAGGUCUUGCUGUUGAUACUGCUGCUUCACAGACACAAGGCUACGGAGUAAAUGGACAAAAUUCUAUCGUGUCUGACUCUGCGUCGAAAUCGAACGCUGAACAGUUGUCCACGGGUCAGAAUAAAAAAGAAGUCACCAGCGUGGAGGAGAAUAGCAACUUUCUUGUUGCUCAAGCUUUCGUGGAUCCUGGAAAUCUUGUAGAGGAGAUACCGACGGGUGGGGACACUGCAACACUGCUUGAGGAAACCACGGACACAGGAUCGCCUUCUAACUCAGUGGCUGCCUCAUCAACGUCAACAACGGCAUCAACAUCUUCAACAGAUUUAGCAGCUGGUACUCCAGCAAACGUCGCAACAGAUGCAUCAGCUGGUCCUGGUGUGGUAUCUAAUGCAUUGCCCGAACAAAAUGGUGUCAGUACAAUGGAUUUCAGCCAGAGUGGAACAGCCUCAGUGGUAUCUUCCAGUGAAAAGACAGCAGUUGGUACAUCAGCAGCCACGGGAACCAACCCCACGGAAACCAGCCCCACAGGAACAGCAACUGAACCCGGGACCGCUAGAGACACAACCGCAACAGGCACAACCAUCACAGGCAGCCCCACAGGCUACAUACAAGGAUCAGAGUAUCAACAGGCAGGAUUCGGUUCUACUGUCACUGGGAAUGGGAUUCUCAAUAAUGUAGGUAGCCUUUAUAACCUUCAAUCACAGACGGCGCACAGUCACGCACUUGGCGGAUCGAUGACAGGAACCGCGAAUUCUCUAUAUCCGACGGGUGCUCAAAGUGGAACGAUGGCAGCCGGAAGUGAUACAAUGAACGCUGCAUAUCAUACGGGAGGUCAGACAGGAACAAUGACAGCUGGAAGUGGUAUUGUGAAUACUGCAUAUCCUACGGGAGGCCAGACAGGAAGUUUAACAGCCGGAACCGGUACUGUGAAUACUGCAUAUCCUAUGGGAGGUCAGACAGGAAGUAUGACAGCUGGAAGCGGUACUGUCAAUACUGCAUAUCCUACGGGAGGCCAGACAGGAAGUUUAACAGCCGGAACCGGUACUGUGAAUACUGCAUAUCCUAUGGGAGGUCAGACAGGAAGUAUGACAGCUGGAAGCGGUACUGUCAAUACUGCAUAUCCUACGGGAGGCCAGACAGGAAGUUUAACAGCCGGAACCGGUACUGUGAAUACUGCAUAUCCUAUGGGAGGUCAGACAGGAAGUAUGACAGCCGGAAGCGGUAUUGUGAAUACUGCAUAUCCUAUGGGAGGUCAGACAGGAAGUAUGACAGCCGGAAGCGGUACUGUGAAUACUGCAUAUCCUAUGGGAGGUCAGACAGGAAGUAUGACAGCUGGAAGCGGUACUGUCAAUACUGCAUAUCCUAUGGUAGGUCAGACAGGAAGUAUGACAGCCGGAAGCGGUACUGUGAAUACUGCAUAUCCUAUGGGAGGUCAGACAGGAAGUAUCAGCUGGAAGCGGUACUUGUAA